AUGAGUAAUCGCGCCUCGCCCCUCCUCCGACUCCUCGAAGACGCAACCACCAAAUCCCGCAGCAAGACCACAACUCUCCCCAAGAAAUACAGCCUACAGAUCGCCUGCCACGUCAAGCCCAACGCCUCCAGUUCUCGGGAAGGCGUCGUAGCCAUCGGCCCGGAGAAGGUGGACGUCUGCGUUGCCGCGGUGCCUAGGAACGGAGAGGCGAAUAUAGCCGUCGCAAGGGUGUUUGCUCAGAUCUUCGACGUGCCCAAGUCGAAUGCGGAGGUGAUCCGGGGGUUAAAGUCGCGGGACAAGAUCCUCUGUAUCACGGAAUUGGGCAUUGGGAAAGACAGCGAGGAGGAAUUCCUUGAACGAGCGCGGCAGAGAUUACACGAGGCCAUCAUCAAGAAGGAAUAG